CUGCUGUCUGAUGGAUAGAAAAAGGAGGAGUAAACCUUUCAGCCUGUGCUGACGGAGCUGAAACACAGAAACCCUAUUUACAGGUGCAUGUGACAGCAUUGCAGUGAUGAGUGGAAUUUUAAAGAGGAAGUUUGAGGAAGUAGAUGGCUCCUCACCUUGUUCCUGUGUGUGGGAAUCGGAUGAUGACAUGUCUAGCAGUGAAAGUGCUGACAGUGGAAGUAAUGUCCGCCCAUCCACUUCUAAUCAUUUUACUCGUGCCUGUGACAGCAUUGCAGCGAUGAGUGGAAUUUUAAAGAGGAAGUUUGAAGAAGUUGAUGGCUCCUCACCUUGUUCCUCUGUGCGGGAAUCAGAUGAUGACAUUUCUAGCAGUGAAAGUGCUGACAGUGGAGAUAGUGUCAAUCCAUCCACUUCUAAUCAUUUUACCCCUUCUUCAAUCCUGAAGAGAGAGAAGCGGAAGAGAACAAAAAAUGUCCAUUUUAACUGUGUUACUGUGUAUUACUUCACAAGAAGGCAAGGCUUCACCAGUGUUCCCAGCCAAGGGGGAAGCACGCUGGGAAUGUCUACUCGCCACAACAGUGUGCGUCAAUACACACUUGGAGAGUUUGCAAUGGAACAGGAGAGGCUUCACCGAGAGAUGUUAAGAGAGCAUCUAAGGGAGGAAAAACUCAAUUCUCUAAAAUUAAAGAUGACAAAGAAUGGUACAGUGGAAUCUGAAGAAGCCAAUACUCUGACACUGGAUGACAUUUCUGAUGAUGAUAUUGAUCUAGACAACACUGAAGUAGAUGAGUACUUCUUUCUACAACCCCUGCCGACAAAAAAGCGAAGGGCAUUGCUGCGAGCAUCUGGAGUGAAGAAGAUUGAUGUGGAAGAAAAACAUGAGCUACGAGCCAUCCGCCUGUCCAGAGAGGAUUGUGGCUGUGAUUGCCGUGUGUUCUGUGAUCCAGAAACUUGCACUUGCAGUCUUGCAGGCAUAAAAUGUCAGGUGGAUCGUAUGUCUUUUCCAUGCGGUUGCACUAAAGAAGGGUGUAGCAAUACAGCAGGUAGAAUUGAAUUUAAUCCUAUCCGUGUACGGACUCACUUUUUACACACAAUAAUGAAACUUGAAUUGGAGAAAAAUAGAGAACAGCAAGUUCCAGCACUAAAUGGCUGCCACAGUGAGAUAAGUGCACACACUAGUUCUAUGAGUCCAGGACCCCAUCCGGUUGAAUAUUCAAUUGCAGAAAAUUUUGAGAUUGAAACCGAACCUCCGGCUGUGGGUAUGCAUUCUCAGUCAGCUGAGGACUUGGACUGUACAGGGGAAGAGGAGGAAGAGGAAGAUGGGAGUAGCUUUUGUAGUGGAGUUACAGAUUCUAGCACACAGAGUUUAGCCCCUAGUGAAUCAGAUGAUGAUGAAGAGGAAGAGGAAGAUGAGGAGGAAGAUGAUGAAGAAGAAAAAGCAGACGAUUUUGUAGAAAGCAUGGGCUCCCAUGCUGACAUGGUGCCUCUUCCUUCUGUGCUUUGCUACUCUGAUGGAACUGCUGUGCAUGAAAACCACUCUAAAAAUGCCUCUUACUAUACUAACUCUUCAAAUCUGUAUUACCAAAUAGAGAACCAUGUUGCUGGCACUGCUAACCAGAUCAGUGAGACUUAUUCAGAAAGGGAUGCUGUCAAGAAUGGUAAUCUUUCUCUGGUGCCUUACCACAUGACUUCAGAACAGUUUGUUGACUACACACGGCAAUCAGAGGAAACUUUUAGCAGCCCUCAUUACCCUUCUGCAAACCCCUCAGUGAUUGUUUGCUGCUCAUCUUCUGAAGGUGAUAGCAGUGCUCCAUGUAACAGUUUGUACACUGAGCAUAGGCCAAGUCACCCUCAAGUGGAAUUUCACUCGUACUUGAAAGGUCCUUCUCAAGAUGGCUUUGUUUCAGCUUUGAAUGGCGACAGUCGUGUACAAGAGCACCCUGCUGAGAAUUCACUAAACCUCCCAGAAAAGAGCAGACUGCACGAAGAGUGCAUCAAAUCGCCAGUGGUAGAAACGGUACCUGUUUAAUAUUAAAAUUAUUCUAGGACUGACUUACUGUAUUAAAAUGCACUCACACUGAAUUUCCUAGAAUCUUACUUUUUUAAGAGGUAGAUGACACUUGGACUACAGUCAAUGUUCCAGACAUGUUUUGUUUUCUCAAGCUACACUGGCAGUGGUAUUGCACAAAAACAGUUCAUGAAAAGAUUUAAAUGAAAAUAAUCAAACUGUCUUUUGAUAAAACACGUAAGUAAAACCACACACCCAACAUAUUUCAAAGUAGCCUACCUAUCAAACUAUGUGAAACCUGCCAAGCUAUCUGAAUCAAAGCUUCGUGUUUUUGAUUGUCGGGCCUGUGCAAGAUUGUUAAAAAUGAUGCUUUCAAAUAAUGAUGUUUAGAGUCUUGAUUUUCAACAUAUCUGAAAAUAUGAUGAUCUUGCAUACCAAAAUUACGGCGAUCUCAACAGUAAAGCAACAUAUUUAAUUGGACUGCUACUUUUAAACUGUUUGAAGAAGUGAAGGGAAAGAAAGUUCAUCUUAAAAUCUGUACAUGGAAAUAAUUUUAAGCCUCAUGAACUACACAUUUCCUUCAUUUUCUUUUUUUAACAAAAGUUGUAACAUCAAAGAUGCCAAAGGGUAAUAUAAGCUACAAUAAUAUUCAACAGAACUUAACCUAGACCUUAUGUUGUAAUAAUUUAUUCAAAUUAACUGUAUUCUUCUGUAUUUAUAUUUUCAGUAUUUAUUAUGAAUGAUAUAGAACUUGAUGUAUUUAUUGUGGCUUAUUACUGCAGUGUAUAUAUUACAAAAAUGAGCAUUUUUAAGUCUUAACAUUAGUUUUUUUGUUAAUUAGUGGCACUUGUAUUGGCUGUAUUUUUAUUAUAUAUUGUACAGUAUAUAUUGUCCAUUUGUUUGCAAUGAAGUAAAACAGGUUUCUACGUUACAUCAUGGCUGCCAGUGCAUCGUGCAUCUUAUUUCUACUAUGCAGUCAGUAGACAUUCUUCUCUCAUCUAACAGAGCCAGAAUUAGUGCUGCAGCUCCUCCCCUAGACCUGCAGAGCCUCUAAUGGUGCUCUGUGAAAUUUCAAGCAUUUCUUCUCAUAGUCUGAUAGUGUAAGGAGAAACAGUUUCAGUUUGGGUGUUCUGGUGUUCAUUUGUUUUAAUUUAAUUUAAUCAGCAUAUAAAUAUUUAAGAAAUGAACAGAAAUGCCUCGUUAAAUACAUCCGUUUGCCCUUUAGUGAUACUGUUGCCUACACUUAUUUGGCCAAUGCAAUAAAACUAUUUGAUUCAUCUGCACCUACCACGGUGAACUUAAUAAUUUUGCGUUUAAGUUAAGGAAAGAAUGUUUUUCAACAGCUGUUGGGGAAAAAAGCUUGCAACAGCUCUCUCUGGUGGACAAUUCACAGCAUCAUUUCAAUGGCUAGAAUGGCAUAUAAAGCAAACUGUUGAAUUUCAGGAUAACCGAUUAAUUAUUUUGAAAACGGCUGAUCGAAAUACUUCAUUAUGAAAGUAAUUAAUAAUCAAAGGUCUCUGCCAUC